GCGGAGCCAACUAAACACACGAAGGCGGCGGCGCACGCAGGUCCUUGAGGCGCGCGCGUUUGGUUGCGCUUGUUUGGGUCAUCAUAGGGUGAUAGGACGUUGCAAGCGGAAGUUGUCUGCGUUAUUUGCGCUUGCCGAUGAUGGAAUUACUACUAGGUGCAUUACUCAUGCUGCUGGGCUGCGCCGCCGGCUACUCCCCGGGCGAUCCGCCGAAGCCGAUGCCGCGACGCUAUAUCACCAGCGGCGUGCUGCACCUGCCCUACGCCGAGCUGCACGAGCCGUUCUCGGCCUGGGUCGACCUGAAGCGCGACAUCAGCCGGCUCGACUACUACAACGGUGUCAUGAAAACCUACCAGAUGGGCGGCAAGAACGGAGGUGCGAUGUACAAGCUGAUGCCAGUCACCAGGGACGGAAAGGACUACAACAAAAUGACGUGCUUCAAGACUCCCGGCUCCAAGGCGGCGCCCGUGCACGCCCAGCCGAUGCUGCCGGACGUGGCCAACUUCAGCUUCGUCAAGCAGGAGAUGCUCUAUGGCCGGCUGUGCGACAAGUUUACUUUUGAGGAGGACGUGGGACAGAAGCACAACCUCUACUCGCUGUGGACCAGCCGCGAGGGCGGCUACCACCCGGUGCUGUACGAGAUGAAGGGCUACGACAGUCUGCUGGGAUCCCACUUCGACCACUACAUCGUGCAGUACGUGACAUUCACUGCGGCCACGCCGUCCAAGGCUGACAUCAGCCCACCGGACCCGACCCGCUGCCACGGCUGGAAUCCGGGCGCCGGCGAGCAUACCUAUCUGAUGAACCCCAUGCGCGAGUUUGUGCACAACGAACACGCGCACGUGGAGGCCAGCUUCGACACGUUCCGCGCGCUCCACGGCAGGAAGUACGCCGACCACCGGGAGCACGCCACGCGCCGCAACCACUUCCGUCACAACAUGAGGUACAUCCACUCCAAGAACCGUGCCGCGCUUCGGUACCGGCUGGCGGCCAACCACCUGGCGGACCGCUCGGACGCCGAGAUGGCCGCGCUUAGGGGCUACCGCUACAACUUCGGGGAGCGUGGAAGCCUGAAGUUCCCGUACAGCGAGAAGACGGUAUCGAACGUGACCACAAACUGGGACUGGAGGAUCCGGGGCGCAGUCACACCUGUCAAAGACCAGAGCGUGUGCGGCUCGUGCUGGAGCUUCGGAACCACGGGCGCCGUGGAGAGCGGCUACUUUCUCCGCCACAACCGACUGGUGCGGCUCUCGCAGCAGGCGCUCAUCGACUGCAGCUGGGGACAGGGCAACAACGGCUGCGACGGCGGCGAGGACACAAACUCAUACAAAUGGAUUUUGAAGCACGGCCUGCCGACGGAGGACAGCUACGGACCGUACCUCGGCUCGGACGCCUUCUGCCACGCUAAUCAGUCGCAGACUGGCGCCGUUCACAUCACCGACCACACGGACGUGCCCUCGGGCAACAUCAAAGCGGCCAUGUACGCGCUCUGGAGGCACGGUCCGCUGUCCGUGGCCAUCGAUGCCUCGCACCGCUCCUUCGUCUUCUAUGCCAACGGUGUCUACUACGAGCCCGCCUGCGGAAAUGACCCGGAUCAGCUGGACCACGCCGUCCUGGCUGUCGGCUUCGGCGUCUUGGACGGCGAACCCUACUGGCUAGUGAAGAACUCGUGGUCCACCUACUGGGGCAACGACGGUUACGUGCUGAUGUCGAUGAAGGACAACAACUGCGGCGUCGCCACGGCCGCCACGUACGUCACGGUCUGAGCGACGCGGCUGGGAUGCCGCGAGCGGGCGGCGCAAGCCGGUGGCAGGGAGAGCGGAGAGGACCCCUCGGCCGGUGUGCGUGCGUCCGCAGCGAGGGGUGUGACGCAGGCGCGCUCGCGGACCGAGGAGGCGGCGCGGCGCGAGCGGGCCCUGCCAGAACGCGCGGCGGGUCCGACUGUGGGAAUCGGCUGGCCGCCGCCGUUGCUGUCGGCCACUGCUUCGUGACUUAUUCCUUUCUCUCUCUCUUCUCGCUGCCCGUAGCCGUGGGCGACCAAGUGGGUAACUGCUGAAUAUGCGGCGUCCGGCUCUACCGGAAGGGGGCGUGCUGCAGGCUGCCAUUUUCUGGAUCUGCCUGGAAUUGAGCGCUGCUGAGCGCUUAUGCAUAUAUAUAUAUAUAUAUAUAUAUAUAUAUAUAUAUAUAUAUAUUUAUAUAUAUAUAUAUAUAUAUAUAUAUAUAUAUAUAUAUAUAUAUAUAUAUAUAUAUAUAUAUAUAUAUAUAGCAGCACCGGAAACGGGAGAUUAUCAUAGGCAAGGUAUAAGAGCUCCGGCAAGUAGUCCUCGGAUCUCUAUAUGUAUCUCAUUCGCAUCUGUUAUCGUAUUGUGUCUGAUAUUUCGAGGCACCAGACGGUGUCUUUCUGAAUUGAGAUUAAUGCAUAUACUCGUCUGUAUCUCUGAAUGGUACCAUGCAUGAUUUGGGAAGUACAUUUCUAACCGUCCA